UUUCUCUCCCUACAUAGUUACGGUGAUUGCUAAAUUGAAAAGAAUUUGUCGUCGUCACAGUGAAGGUAUCCUGCGUCACCCUAUUAUGACGCUCUCCGAGCUUGCAGUCAAAAACUGCCCCGCUACAAAAUAUAUGAGCAGCCGGUCUAUCGCUGCUUUCUCCACCAAUUGAAGAAGGAGAACGAGGGAAAAAAUGGCGAAAAAGAAACUACGCGAUUCGAACUCUUCUAACGAUAAUGUCGAGCGAGAGGAAUUGUCGAUGCCCCAGCGGCCGGCCAAGAAACCAAGGACGAAAAGAGGCCAGAGUGACGCUGCUGCGGACAGUAGACGUUGUCUCGAUGAAAAUACACCUCCAACGAGUUCUCGGAGGGGUCGAAAGCGCACCCAGAACGCAGAUGGGUUUUCACAAGGUUCGCGCAAGAUGAACCUAGAUGAUUCAUUCACAAGUGGCAGGGUUGGCGAAUGUGGUACGUUAUCUAAAAGUCCAAACGAUGAUGGAGGCCCAGGUCCCGAUUGCAAGACCACUUAUUUCUUAAGUGGCAGCGAAGUUACGGAUGAAAACGAUAAAACUGUCGAAAUUUACGGGGAAAUGAUUAUCUUCGACUACGCUCUGGACGGCAACCGAAAUAAACUGCUUGAGGACUUUUGUCGAUGCGCUCAUGAGAGCAACGUACAUCGCUUCAUCGAAAUCUUUAUAGAACAGAUGUUCCCAGCUGAAGAAGAGUACCGAGCUCGAGCUAGCAAGGCCAUCGUCGAGUUGCAUAAGGCUCGUCUCGUGACUCAGGAACAUGUCGAAAUGGCCCUGAGAGCGCGGCUGCUAGUAGGAGAAGAUAUGGUGAAACGUGUUCCAAAAUAUUACGAGUUCAUGGCUUAUACUAUGGCGCCACUUUUUGUUACCGAUGAUUUGAACUUCACCAAUCUGUUACGUGCAGUUAGGGCUUCUCUCGGCUAUUGGAACACAGUCAAAAUGCUCGUGCCUCUGUUUAAACGAAUUUGUGAGAUAAGUGUUGACGGAAUUUCUACGAGGUGGCAGACAUCGGGGAUGAAUCUGUCGGAACUCGUGGACGGGCUACACGAGCAAGAUGUCAAGGAUAUAGAAGCGGCCAUUAUAUAUAAGCCAGUGCAGCCUUUCCAAGCAGACUCUUCAAGCUCCCCAGAAUCGAAGCAGCCGUAUUUUCAAGAAAAAAUCACUCAAGAGCGAAAAAGAGCUCGAAGACAAGGCCAACAAGGAGAAAGUACUAAGCAAAAUCAUGCAUGAACUCCAUACUUGACUUCAUAUUGCUUUUUAAUACACCCACGCGCUCCGGUCGUAAUGGUGCGAGCGAUACUGUAAACAAUUGAUCCGGCUGUUGCAGUGGAGUACUUCACACGUUUCGUAUGCGAAGUCCAAAUUGCACUAAAAAAAAAGGGGGGGGGGUGUACAAGUUAGGCGAACAAACAGUAGUCUAUAAUAACAUAUGUAUGACAGUUUUGGAUAGGACACUUUUCAGUUAAGGUUAGACAACUAGUCCCCGUGAUAGCUUAGUGCAUAACGUAUUUGCAUGCUAAUCUUAGGGACACGUUUUGGUCUUGGUUAGAACCCGAGCAUAGACACACUUCGUUUCGUGCUAAGGGCCAGCCACCAGAUAGGACGCCUAACGGUAAUAUCGGACGAUAAACUCGAAGCAUAGAAGCAGUUAUUCAGCAAGCUGAUAACUGUCCUCUUGACUAUUGUUUGGACAAAAUAUUUGAAUUCAGGUAAAAAUGACUGCCCAAGUUACAACCAGUUUGAACCAUAACUGGAUGCAGACACUGUGUAUAGGA